AUGAAAACUGUGGACUCGGAGGGGGCUACGGCGGAGGCUACGGCGGGGGCUUCGGCGGGGGCUUCGGCGGGGGCUACGGCGGGGGCUUCGGCGGGGGCUACGGCAGCAGUCUUGGAUACGGUGGACUUGGAGGAUACGGAGGAGGACUUGGCGGCGGCUAUGGUGGACUUGGAGGUUAUGGGGGCAUUGGGGGCAUUGGAUACGGAAGCGGGCUUGGCGGCGGUUAUGGAGGAUAUGGCGGCGGGCUUGGCGGCAGCUACGGUGGUCUUGGGGGUUAUGGAGGCGGCCUUGGAUACGGUGGAGGACUUGGCGGUAGCUACGGUGGUCUUGGAGGCCUUGGAUACGGCGGCGGGCUUGGUGGCAGCUACGGUGGUCUUGGUGGUUAUGGAGGCCUUGGAUAUGGAGGAGGGCUUGGCGGCGGUUACGGAGGAUAUGGAGGCCUUGGUUACGGCGGCGGGCUUGGCGGUAGCUACGGCGGAAGUUACGGAUCUUACGGUUCCGGAUAUGGAACUCGCGCUUACUAAAAUUGAUUCGUAUUUACGUCGCAGCCUAAGCAGCAUUGUACCAACGAUCCUUCUUUGUUUUCUUCGCUUUGAUUUUCGACCUGGGAUAUGAUGUUGUUGCAGACUUUGUUCAUCCCCGAAAACCAUUUACAUCGCCUGCUGCAUCUUUACCUUACUCGUCUCCUUUCAUUUUGUUCGUUUUUAUUUACAUCAAAUGUAAAAUAUUAAAGACUGAAGCCAUGCAAUGAUUUCGCAUGCAAUCUAUACAAUAUAAAUCUUGAAACAAAA